UACAACGAAUUGCGCGCGCACGCUUUAUGGCGACGGUGUCGUGCUCCAGUCCGUCGGGUCGCAGUACUCCGUAUUUUGCAAAGAACGUUCGUCAUCGUUCUCAUUUCUAUCCUUCACCGUUUUACCCUGCGAUCGACUAGCAAGUCGAAAUUAUUUUCAACGAAUUUGUUCUACUAAAUCGUCAAGACGAAGCUCAAAAUGCCAUUGGGCAAUCACGUUGCCCUUACACCCCUGGAGGAUAUGUCAGCUGGCCGGGGCCAGGGAGGUGGGGGGUCUCCUCCAAAUUGUGAAAAGGUUUAUAUACAACGUGACUACAGUGAAGGUACUAUGGUUAAGUUUCAGACACGUUUCCCAGUGGAAUUAGAAAGCAGAUUGGACAGACAAUCGUUCGAGUAUACGGUCACUCAGUUGAACAACUACUUUGCUGAAGCAGAACGGGCCAGUUGUUCUACAUACUGUGAAGGCUGCUUGGCUUGCCUCACCGGUUACCUAAUUUACAUAUGCACAGAGACUCAAUAUGAAAAGUGUUUGCGAAAGGUGGCCAAGUUUGUUAGUGAACAAAACGACAGAGUUUACAAGCCGCGCGGGCUGUUACUAACAGAUCCAACGUUGCGUGGUCUUAGGCUAAUAGAAAUUUCGGUACUAGAUAGACCUGCGUCGUGACUGCACAUUAGCCGAUCCAGGGAGUUCUUUAUGUGAUCCGCGCAUUUCUGCCACUUUGCCAGGAUUGCAGCCCCAUAUGAGCCGUUGAGUGUUAACCGGACAUAUCUACUUUGAGUUUGAAUCUUCUUUGACUUAAUUGUGCAAUGUGAAUUCUGCAACGAUCCGUGAAUAUUGAGAAAAUUAUAUUUUCAGCAAACUCUACUGUAAACAUACAUGCAAUGUUGUUUGGAAUUCCUCGAAUGACGCUUACCUCCUUUGAAUGGUACACGGGAUAAGAUGUUACACAGCGAACUUUCAUUUAAAGGCUUCGACUUUGAGACCAGAAUCUCGGAGGAUCAUACUCACAAGGUUUGUCCGUAGACAACGACGGGGUUUAAUUGCAUGUAUGUUUUGACCGGAUGAAUAUAAUUGUAUUCGAUGUUCGCGCGUCGAGCUCGGCCGACGUUCGGGCAUCCGUCGAUACCAUGACGUUGUGUAAGUUUAAAUUUUGUACGCGUACAGACUAAACUGUAAACCACCGUAAGGCGAAGCGACUCCACAAAAAUGGAACAAAACCUAUGCGUGCAAAGAGCAACUGCGUCCGAUAAGGUUCAAGUCAUUUUUUUUACCGUUCGUUUAAAGACUUAACUUGUCAUCUGCAUUUAACAGGCGACACGAAUUACGAGCCAAGUUUGAGCUCCACGGUGUUCCCGCCGGAACAGUCCUGCCCUCAAAUUUGACUCGCCACCUGUAUCUCAAGUACCGAGAACGUUAUCCAGCGUAUGUUCUGUUUUCCGAACGCAGGCUAAUUCAGUUUCUCCUCUUCCGCGACGUAUCUUCCAUGAACGCUUCACGUACGUACACGGAACCGUUUCAUUCAUGAGCCUAGGUCCAGGGUAUUAUCCGCUCGCCGUGGUCGACAAACCUUACAUACCGGGAGACGAACAGGGAAUUCGAUCAAAAUUGAACUGGCACAAGGUAUUUGCGCUAAGGGAUCCAUGGAUUGGCUCAGGCAAAAUUUCUUGACGAACGGACACGUGAGGAACGAUGAAAUUAACGAGAAGAGGCGAUUGUAAUUAGUAGAACGUAUUGUAUUAAAUCGGUUUCAUUUUACUCGAGCAUUGUGAUCAAGGAUAACCAACGGGUGUACGCGUCAGCAGGCCAGGUGUCGCGGGCGUUCGGUGAACGUGUGUGACUGUAUGCGUGGCUGAUGAUGAUGAUGAUGAUGAUCUUUUUAUUUUAUAUAUUUUUGUACGAACCGUCAUGCGAGCGACUCGACUGUCGAGGUUGCACCCUCAAGCCUCCUUGUGUAUUAUCCGUCACGCUGGUCGCUCGGCAUUCGUUGAAUCCGUUUCCGGUUCUGUUCGUUCGAAGGAACGGCGUUGAUCUCAAAAGCGACUAUUGAUUUGCAUUGUCGUAGGCGGGUGUGUCGCGUGUUGUCCGCUCAAAUCCGCGGCGGAUCACCGUUGAUAAUCGUUAUGCCUUUUUCUGUGUCGAGCGUCAGGUAUACUUAUCUACCGCGCACAGUUUCACUAUGAGGAGCAAGGAUUCAUUUUACAUUGCGGAUUCUAAAGUGUUCGGUCUCGUCCUUGGUCACAAUGAGCUGCGGAGCCGGCCGAUGUAACUUUGCGACGGGAUUAAUUGUAUUGUGUAUCCGAGUGAAACUUUCAUGGCCUGGAUUCUUGGAUGUUGACAGUGUCCGAGGUGUUCCGAUGUUCGUGUGAAACCCUCCUCGCGAGUGAACAGUACCACGGUUCGGUAUUAUACAGUGUAACACGUUCAUUACAUAUUAUUAUGCAGUUUUUAUAUCGUUUCUACCAUCCAAUUACCGUGUCGUUACAUUCUUACCGUACAAUACUCGCAUCAUAAUUUUAUUAUACAGUUAUUCUACACCAUCGUAUCGUUAUGAUGCAGUCAUUGAACACCGUCAUACUUUAAUUUCAUACGGAUAUCAUAAUUAUACUAUUAUCACACGAUUAUCACAUGCCACCACAUUAUUAUCAUACAGUUAUCGUACACUAUUAUACAAUUAUCGUGUGGUAGCCACGUCGUCAUACUCACUUUAUACAAUCGUCAUACGUCGUGAUAGAGUUAUCGAACAAUAUCAUACAAUUAUCACACUGUUGUUACGUACUGCUACACCGUUAUCGAACAGUGAACACAUACUAUCAUAGAGUCAAUGGACGCUGUCGUUCCAUACAAAAUCACGCGACGGACGUCACACGUUCCACGAGGCCGGGUGUAGAUUUUAGAGGUGACGGCGCGUACGUUUGUACGCCUCGAACACUGUUAAUCGAAAGAUCAAUGAAUCUUGCCAAAUAUAGCCGCGUCACUGCCACGACGUUUGUUUCCGUGUGACCAGUGAACGAAAGGAACUAAAAGGAAAGGGAAUAAAAGAGGAUCGGAAAUGAGCUAGCUCACGAGCAUAGAUCAAAAGAUCAAGGGGAAAUGCAUAUCGUGGGUUCCAAUGGAACGUUUCUGGCCAUUGUUGGCGUAUGGGCACGUUUAGCCGCGUCGCAACGUUGCUUCGUGUCAGGUUCUACUCGUAUGCAACGUUACACGGACACUCACACCAUACACACAGACAUACACAUACACACUUACAUACUUACACGUUGCAUAACGUUGUAAAUAGCGAAUUAAUUCCCGACAAAUGUACGGUGUACGAAAAAAAGAAGGGGAAGAAGAAGAAGAAGAAGAAGGAGAAGACGAAGAAGAUGACGACGAUGAAGAACCGUUUGUUAUACUUAAUUUAAUCGUAGGACCAAAAUGUUUGCUGAUUCGUUAGCGUGUAAAGGGACACCGUCGUUCGAGUGUAAUUUCUAAAUGUUUUAUUAAUAAAAACUGCGUCAAAAGCCACCGAGAUCAGUCAACUGCGAAGGGUACGUUCGUCAGAGUGGGAGGAGUGCGAGCAUUGUUGCGAGAGAUUGCGAGUGAUCGAGAGAUUCAGAUAAAGAGAUACGAGUGGAGGAUGAGAAAGAGAGAUCGAGUGACUGUGCGAGCGAGAGGGGAAGAGAGGAAAAAAUUGUGCGAUUAAGAGAGAAAGAGUUCUACGGAAGAAUCGAGCGAUUGAGAGAGAAUAAGCGAGGAAAAACCGAGUGAUCGAGAGAGAAAGAAGAAAGGAGAAUGGUUGGAAAGAGAGGAAACGAGCGAGUGAGACAGAGAAGAAUGAGUGAUCAAAAGAAGAAACGAGCGACUGAGAGAGAGAAAGAGAAGGAUGCUAGUUAUCGGGGGAAAAAGGAUAACAGAAGAAUAAUAAGUGAUCGACAGAGAAAGAGUUAGUGAUCGAGUGAGAAAGAGUUAGUGAUCGAGCGAGAAAGAGUGAAGCAGCGAAUGAUCCAGAGAGAAGAGAGAAAGAAGCGAGUGAUUGGAAGAGGAAGAGAAUCGAGCGAUCAAGAGUGGAAGAGAAGAAAAGCGAGAGAUCAAGAGGGUAAGAGAAAAGUGAUGUUUCGAGCACAUUCAGAUCUUUAUUUAAUCGUGCGCAAAUAAUCUUCUCGACAGGCAUGCUCGCCCAUUCGCGGCUAUAUUAAAAUACUAGAGACACCAGUCUCGCUCGUUGCACUGAA